ACCUGAAGGUAUAUUUUAGCGUUUUUCUUUUCAAUGUUUUCUGACUGACUGUUAAAUGUUUGUCGUAUGGACGAGUCUUCGGCUUCUCUCUGAUGAAUAAGCGAUGCAGGAAAAGGAUUUGCAAAGGUGUGUACCAGUUUUCGGCAUUAAUUCCUGCACGGAUGGGUUUAACACACUCUGUGAUAAAGUUCACGACUUCAAUGUAGGCAUGUACGAACAGAGUUGUUGAUCUUUUAUUCAUCAUCCUUAUGAAGACUGCAAAACCCUGUUAGCAACAUCUUUCUCUGUGGAGUAUGAAGGUGAUUUCAUCGGCUGCAGUUUGGACUUUUGGAUGGGAUGUUUUUAAGGCGUUUUUGUUCGAUGUUAAUCAGAUAAAGCAAAAUGCCAACAAAACUGCUGCUGCAUGCUUUUUUAAACAGGAAUUCCGUUAAAGAUUCGUGCAAAUAAUUUCUUGUUUUGUUUUCUAUCCAUACCUACUGCAGCCUACUCUUUCAGACUUCAUCUUCUACCUGGAUUGAAGAUUUAUCAAAUAUAGCGCUGAUUUGUGAUGGUUUAAUGCAGGACUAGCAGUGAUGAAUUUCUUCCAGUUUGUAUAAUUAACAGCGAGUUUAUGAAAGGUAGCUCUGGGAAGUAUCUCUGAGAGACACUGUUGGAUCAGUCUUUAAUGGGUUUAAACUUUUAACGGCUUUAAAUAAUUUUCAGAGUUGGUAUUUGGGUUCUGAUUGAGAGCUUCUUUCAACCCUGAUAUCAUAUCAGACUAGUCGGUGUCCAAAAAACAUACAACCAUGCUGGACAAACUCAUCAGAUGCUGCCGCAUAUAUCUUUUAUGGAUCCUUCUUGCUGUUUGUUUCCGUGAGAUGCUGCCAGGCAUGGACUGCAGCGAAGUGCAAACAUUGAUGAGUAUAAAACAGGGCUUCAGAAAUCAAUAUCCUCUGUCGGGGUGGGUUGAAACAGAUCCUUCUUAUUGUUCAUGGAAAGGCAUAAAAUGCAUUCAGGGAAGUGUUUAUUCACUUGAUUUAUCGUUCAUAAACCUGCAGGGAACUAUAUUCCCACUGUUAGGAAACCUCACAAAUUUAUGUCAUCUGAAUCUAAGCAGCGUUGGCGUUAAAGGGAAAAUACCAUCACAGCUCUGGGGUCUUUCAAGACUCGAAAUACUUGAUCUGUCCUAUAAUGAUCUCCAUGGCGUCUUGCCUCCAGAGAUUGCUAACCUCGUAAAUUUAAAGGAUUUGGUUCUGGAUAGCAACCAUUUUAGUGGAAUGUUACCUCUGCAGAUUACUCACUUGAAAAAUCUGUCAAAGCUAAGUUUAAGCAGUAAUUUCUUUUCAGGUAGCAUUCCCCAUCAGAUGGGCAAUCUUAAAAACUUGGAAUACUUUGACAUAAGUUCUAAUGCCUUUUACGGCAGCAUCCCUUGUGAGCUUGGAAAUCUGUCGAAGUUGUUGUACAUGGAUUGCAGUCAAAAUUUAUUCUCUGGAGUCUUUCCAGCUGAACUAGGCACUCUUAGCAGCUUACUGACUUUGGAUCUCAGUGACAAUGCGUUAUCUGGACCACUGCCGAAACAAAUAAGUGGGAUGACCAAUUUGGUCUCUCUCUGGAUUUCAUCAAACUCAUUCAACAAUCCCAUUCCAGGUGAGAUUGGCAAACUUGCUCACCUGGAAACAUUUUGCUGUAGGAACUGUAAAUUCAGUGGAAAGUUGCCUUCAGAAAUCGGCGACAUUCAUUCACUGACAAGCCUCGAUCUCUCAGGGAAUAGCUUUGAAGGACAGUUGCCAGACAGCAUUGGCCAUCUACAAAACCUUUUGUAUCUAAUAGCUGCAAAUUCUGGGUUAAGUGGACAUAUUCCAGCUGCAAUAGGCAACUGCAAGAAAUUACUGAUACUUGAUUUGUCUUUUAAUCAACUCUCUGGGCCAUUGCCUGAUGAGCUUCAAGAAUUGGAGUCCAUAGUGAGUUUCAUAGCUGAAGCAAAUCUUCUAUCAGGCUAUGUACCUCCCUGGCUUGGAAAGUGGGACAGAGUUAAUUCUAUAAGAUUGUCCAAAAACCAGUUUGAAGGCCCUUUGCCUAGAGAAUUAGGCAACUGCUCAUCCUUGAUAUCAUUGUCAAUUGAUGCUAAUAGGCUAAGUGGUCCUAUACCGUCAGAGCUUUGUAAUGCAAAGAUCUUAUCGUAUCUCUCCCUAGCACAAAAUCAGCUUACAGGAAACAUCAAUUACACUUUCAGAGAAUGCACGAGCCUGAACGACUUGUUGCUGGAUGGGAACAAUUUGUCUGGGCAAGUUCCUGGUUACCUUGCAAGUCUGCCUCUGGCCACCUUGGAUAUGGCGCAAAACAAUCUGUCUGGAGAAUUACCAGAUGAGCUUUGGAAUUCACAGACACUACUUGCUAUAACAUUGAGCAAUAAUUUUCUUGUGGGUGGCUUAUCUCCAAAUAUUUCUUCUGCCAGAAGCCUUCAGAGAUUGCAUCUAGAAAACAAUCAGUUGCAAGGUUCUAUUCCAAAAGAGGUUGGACAGAUGACAAAUAUUACAUAUUUAAAUCUCUAUGGCAACUGGUUCACUGGGGAAAUUCCUUGUGAACUUUUUGAUUGUGUCAAUCUUGUAACCCUAAACAUAGGAAGUAACAAUAUAUCAGGCACAAUUCCUAAGAAGGUAGGGCAGUUGGGAAUGCUGAAUAACCUUGUCCUUUCAAACAAUAAGCUUGGUGGCACCAUUCCAGGUGAAAUUUGUGGUGGCUUCAAGCAAAUAGCUUUGCCUGACUCGGUGUAUUUACAACACUAUGGGGUGUUAGAUCUUUCAUGGAACACUUUGGUUGGCAGUAUUCCUGAGCAGAUUGGACAUUGCGUUGUGAUGGUUGAGUUAUUUUUACAGGGAAACCUGCUUACCGGUCAUAUUCCUCAGCAACUUUUUCUUCUUGGCAAUCUUACUAUGCUGGAUGUGUCUUCUAAUUUUCUUAGUGGACCCGUUUCACCUGAGUUUGGAAGACUUCGAUACCUUCAGGGCCUCAGUUUGUCUAACAACCAGUUCACUGGUAGUAUUCCUGUAGAGUUAAGAAAUGUUUCAGGUCUUGUGAAGCUGAACUUAACAAAUAAUCAACUUACUGGAGCCUUUCCUGCAGCUCUUGGAAAUCUGAAGAGACUCACUCAUUUAAGCUUGAGGAGCAACAAUCUGACAGGAGACCUUGUUCCAUCAUUUUAUCCUGAUCCGGCUAGUCCUUUGUCUGUCUUGGAUUUGAGUAAUAACAAAUUCACAGGUCAUAUUCCCUACAGCCUGGCAAAUCUAUCUUCACUAGUGGUUUUAGAUGUACACAACAAUGGCAUUACUGGAAGCAUUCCUGUUUGGUUGGCUGAACUAACUUCACUGAUGUAUUUGGACCUGUCAGCCAAUCAUCUCAAAGGUAAUAUUCCUCCCAAUUUAUGUAAUAUUUUGGGCCUUGAAUACAUAAAUUUUUCACAAAAUGUAUUAAUUGGAGAGAUUCCUCAAAACUGCAAGAAGUUUCCUCUAUCAUUCGUUGCCAAUCCUGGUCUCUGUGGGAAGCCAACUGACAUUCUGUGUCCUUCAGCAAUGUAUUUACCUGGAUCUUCCUUAAGCAAAGGUGCUGUAUGGGGUAUCACACUUGCAUGUACAUUUUCAUUUCUCUUCUUGAUGUUAGCAGUUGUAGGAUGGAGGAUACUGAGACAGGAUGCUUCAAGAAACAAUCCGGAGAAAACCAAGCUAACAGCUACACUUGAACCCAUUGAUUAUACGAUUUCUAAAAAGGUGAAGGAGCCACUUAGCAUCAAUAUUGCAAUGUUUGAAAGACCUCUGUUGCGCCUUAGCCCACAAGAUAUCCUCUCAGCAACUAAUAAUUUCAAUAAGACAAAUAUUGUUGGGGAUGGUGGUUUUGGCACUGUCUACAAAGCUUUUCUUCCAGAAGAUAGAAUUGUAGCUAUCAAAAAGCUAAACCAUGGGCUUGAACAGGGUAAUCGUGAAUUUCUUGCAGAGAUGGAAACUAUUGGAAAGGUUAAGCAUAAAAAUUUGGUAUCUUUACUUGGUUACUGUGUUUUUGGGGAGGACAAGCUUCUGAUAUAUGAGUAUAUGGAAAAUGGCAGUCUUGAUAUGUGGCUCCGCAAUCGAGCAGAUGCUCUCGAGGUCCUUGACUGGUCAAAGCGCUUCAAAAUUGCCAUUGGUUCUGCCCGAGGUCUUGCAUUUUUACAUCAUGGUUUCAUCCCCCACAUCAUUCACAGGGAUAUGAAGUCUAGCAAUAUUCUUCUUGACAGUUCAUUUGAGCCCAAGGUUGCAGAUUUUGGCCUUGCCCGCCUCAUUAGUGCAUAUGAGACUCAUGUAAGCACAGAUCUUGCAGGAACCUUUGGUUAUAUUCCUCCAGAAUAUGGACAGAGCUGGAAGGCAACAGCCAAGGGAGAUGUAUAUAGCUAUGGUGUCAUCUUGUUGGAGUUGCUGACAGGUAAAGAACCUACAGGUACAGACUUCAAAGAAGCAGAGGGUGGCAAUCUUGUUGGAUGGGUGUCACAUAUGACCAAGAUGGGUCUUGUAGAAGAGAUCCUGGAUCCCUUCAUUUCUAGUGGAUCUUGGAAGUAUCAAAUGAUACAAGUGUUGCACAUAGCAGGAUUGUGCACAUCUGAAGAUCCAAGGAAGCGCCCUUUGAUGCUUGAAGUUGUCAAGCUUUUGAAGGAAAUUGAGCAACUUGAUCAAGGAUUUAGCAUGGAUGGAGCUGUCACUUCUUAAUCGCUAUCACUACCAUCCUUUCAGUGGCCAAAGACAGCCAGGUGCCCUUUGAGAACUUGUCAUUUAUUCAAGUAAGAAAUUGGUAUGCUAGAUUGGUUUGUGGGCAUUUCGCUUUUCUUUGUUAAGUAUACAAAUAGACAUUUCUUUUUAGAGUUCAGCCUGUCCUGCUGUGUGACAAUUUAUGUCAAAUAAAAGUUGCUGUACAGAAAACACUAAGAGGUUCCUCUUCCCGAGGACAGCUUUAUGGCACCCUCCUUAAAAUUAUACGGGAUUAGAAAAGCAGUUAAGCCUGUUGCUUUUAAGAUGAUAAACUAUUUGAUCUUCUUUGUUGUCACUGUAAAUAACAAGCAGGAUUGAUGAAUUGUGUAGAGUAAGACUUGGGAGAAUAUUGUAUUUUUAACUGCCAUGAUGGACUCUAGAUCAUCUUGUUAUGUCAAUCUCUCAAGCAGAAAUAGAAAGGGUAGAGAGGCGUUAACUUGGACAGUCAUUGUCUGAACAUACCAUAUCAGUUGCCAUAGAAUAUCCUUAAGCUAUUUUUUAUCAAGAAGCUCCACGAGAUGAAUUUCUUUCAA